AUGGACGAAUUCAACGAUGACGACUUUGAUGAUUUGAACGACACCACUCUUCAGGAGCUUGAGAACAACGCCAUUCAAUUCACACAAGCACAAAGAAAACAGGACUCCCAGUCUCAAACUCUACCUCCGCACCAUGACCCUUCCCAAGUCGAGAACUACGAUGACUUAGAGUUCGAAGAUGACGACCUCGACGAUGCCGAAGUCACCAACGAACUUCUACCUCCCGUUACUCGCCCCUCCGUAGACAAGACCAUCUCCCAACAACAGCAACAGCAACAGCAACACCAGCAUCCGCCCCAGCCGCUUGCAGCCAGGCACCCGCCUCUACCACCUCAACAGAGAUGGAAUCCUCCACCAGCCCAUGCAAAUCCUCCGACCCUCUCCUCGCGGCCGCGAUACCCUCCCCCCGUGCCAACCUACAACGCCUCUGUAGCCUCACAGCGUUUCCAGCCUGCCCACCCUGCAGCUCCGUAUCGACCUCCACCAAGCCAAUUUGUCCGACCAGCACCUCCUUCGUCCGCUCGCUUCAAUCCCCCGCAAUCCCAGUCGCAGUUGCACGCGGCACCUGGUAACGAUGUCAUUGCAGCGCUCCAGCAACGGCUCAGGGCCCUCGAAUCUGAGCUGAACUCUGCACGAGGCGAGGCCUCCAUCAUACGAACAAAUUCAACCAAGGCGGAACAGGAUCACGCAGCCGAGGUUGCCCGCCUCAAAAAACAGAAUGCCGAACAAGCUGCCAGGCAAGAGAGGGCUGUGGAAGCCGCCAUUGCGGCUGAAAGGCAAGCCACCACAGAGUUACAAUUCCUCCAAAGGGACAUGAAGGAUGCUUCGACCCGCCCUCGCCGAAGAGAGAAUGCGCCCGUGUCCGCCGCGCCAGGAACCACCACACCUAAGAAGGCUGCCAAAACCUGGGGCGUUGCGGACGGAUUUGACGAUAUGGACAUCGCUCCAAGUCCAACCAAGAACAGAGGCAAAACUCGGGACCCCGGACCUGUUGCUAUUCCAUUGUCGGAGAGGACGCCCACCAAAGGCAAACGGAAACGGCCACCAGUCGAUAGUCCCGUCAUGGCUCUGGAGACAGACGCCCAAGACGUAAUCAUGGUUGAUGACACAGGGACCACCGCCAUUCCAGUCCAGUAUCCAGGCCCUGCACCUACUACUCUCCCUUUCGAGUUUCUCCAAGUCAUAUUAGACCAUGGCUCCUUGCAUGGGGAACCACCGACUUUUGACAUAUUAUCACGAUACGCAUACCCGUCCGAUCCGACCACGUCUUUUGCAUCCUUCAUUUUCCAGCAUUUGCCUCUCAUGGGCACGCCGCUGAAUCCGGUCCAACUUCUGGUAGACUUCGCCCGUCUUGUUAUCCAGAUGUGGAGCCAGUGUUUGAGAGAGAAUUUCUUGCGGCCAAUUUGGGACCUAGCCUCACUCCUCUCCUUUACUCUGCAGCUCCAGACCAUAUCAGUGGUCCCGCAGAUCGUCAGUGACUUGGUUCCUACGCUGCAACAGUCUAUUUAUUUAGUUGCAGAAGCUCGAUUCAAGAGCCAGGAUGGCGAUGUGUCGGCAGGGGCAGCCACAGAAACCCUGCAGCAGCACGUCGAUACUACGUACAUCCUGUCUUUGCUGGACGCCUCUGCCGCAGCUUGCGCUACGACAAUGCUCGAAGCAGACGGCGGUGCGCAGACGAGACAAGCCGAAUUUUGGCAGCUGAUCACUCUUGAUCUAGUUCUCAUCCUUCUCACCCCCAAACAACAGCUGGACGACAUCAUUGGCAUGCUUGAUAUGCUGUGCACUUCUACCCUCCCAGAUUCCCUUGGCCCCAUCAUCCCAGGCAAAGACGCCGACCUAGCUGCUAGAAUGAUCAUCGACAAGGUUUCUCUCAACCUAGUCGACUUACCUAGAGCAGUGUCGUCUGUAAGCCAGAAGCACGCAGUAAGAUUCGCAGUCUUACGAACACUCAUGGCCUUUACCCGUACCCCGUAUGGAGCACGACAGGUCGCGGGCCACGUCAGUGUCAUACCCCGGUUAGUCACAGCUCUGGGCGAGCUUGUCGAUGUUUUGUACGACCUUUCGGACCCCGUAGUGGAUACCUCCAGUGGCGGUCUCUCCCCUUCACACAUGAACUUGGCCGUGGGUACUACCCCGGACGAUCGCCGCGAUGGUGUAAACGACUUGGACGACGGCCGAAGUGGCGUCUCCUUGUUGGUAUCUCAGAUCAUUCUGCUUCUCCAUACCAUGGUAACAGAUCCGCAGACGGCCAACGUCGCAAACAUCCUCUCAAAGCUCUCCAUGUCCCACGGCGGCUCUCAACGGUACAUCCUUUCCUUGUCACGACUUAACUUUGCAGAAGAAGAUUUGGUCUAUGAGAGCGCGAUAGACGCGGAUACUGUUGAUCGAGCUCAUGAGUUAUUGGAGAUUGCCGUGACCCCUGACGAGGGCGAUAGUAUCGCCAUUUCGUUUGGGGUCUGA